CCAUUUACUCCAAAAGCCUGCAGCAAGCAGACAAACAGAGAGAGAGAGACACAGAGAGAGAGAGAGAGAGAGAUGGGUUCCAUGCCGCUCAUCCGUUCCAUGGCCUGCAUCCUCAUCCUCCUGUGCUCGUCGCUCGGGGCAGCGAAUGGGAUGCAUCGUAGAGCCGCCGGCGACGAGGGGGAGGCAGCGGGCAGCAGGGUCGCCGACGGCGCCCGCGGCGGCGCCAGGAGCGCGUGGCCCGGGUACCUCUACACCAGAGCGGUCGGGCGAUGCACUCCCCAGUUCUGGAGCAGCGGGGCGGAGCAAUGGCCGAACAUCGUCCCCCAGGAAGCGGCGGUGUCCAAGGUGUUCGGGUCCAGGUCCAUGGACAAGUACGGGCCGCGGCUGACCCUGCUGGAGGCCACGAUGAGGACCGACGACGUGGGCAGCCCCUUCGUGAAGCUGGUGAAGCACGGCAGCGCGGCGCUCAUCAACGCCUACACGAGGACGGGCUUCCCCUUCGACUCCUGGGAGGUGAAGGCGCUGCUGCUGGAGGCGCUCGUCUCCGAGGACGCCGCCGCCGCCCAGGCCGAGCGUUUCCAGCAGGCCAACGAGUCAUGUGUCUGAAAUUCUGAAUCCUAUCCUAUCCUAUCCUGGAAGGUGAUGAAUGCAGAAUGGUAGCGCAGUGGCAUCGCGUUCGUGGUAGGUCACCGCUUCUGUGACUUGGGUGGGAGAUCUCAAGCAGUGUUCUUAGACGAUGGAUGUUUGAAAUGGUGAAGUGUGGUUACUUGCACUCUGUGCGUUGUGCGUGGCUUGUAGUAUCUGUGUGAGGUGUAGUGUUUUUAUGUCGCCGUCGCCGUGUCAUGUUUCUAUGCUUACUUGUGAAUUUCUACGGGGAUUCUGUUUCGUU